CCUGGCGGGUUGUAUGGCUAUAUAUAUGGUUAGCUCUAGUGGGCGAUGUUAGCAUUUACUUUUCUGUUAUUCUGGAGUUUAUUUUACAGUUUUAACCGGAGUGACAGACUUGGAACACUGUGGACAACUUUUAUGUUAUCUAUUAAAAAGUCCGAUUUUUCAUCAAUGAACCAACCACUUAUUCGUGGUGCAAAUGCGUCAAAGAAGACUAAUCAAAGAAGCAAAAGCGAAAAAGUUUUAAGGACCUUACGAAUUAUAAGUGCAAUGAUUGCUCAUUUGAUUGCAAUUGCUUUCCCAGCAUUUAUAAUAUAUCUGGCCAGCCCAGGAUCAAGCCUGUUUUCGUGGCAUCCUACCUUGAUGACAAUUGCUUUUACAACUUUAAUGGUGGAAGCCAUAUUGGUUUUCUCUCCAGAAAGUAGCUUGCUUUUUCGUGCAUCAAGAAAAACAAAAGUCACUGUUCAUUGGAUUCUUCAGUGCAGCUGUGUACUGUGUGCAUUGAUUGGAUUUGUUGUUAUAUUUUACAACAAAUAUGAACAUUCUAAAUCACAUUUUACAUCAUGGCAUGGAAGAUUUGGAUUAAUCACCGUUAUAUACAUUGUUGUGCAGGCAUCAUGUGGUAUAUUUUUACUUUAUCCAAGUUUAGUUAAGAAUUGGAAACUUGUGCAACUGAAGACAUACCAUGCCACAUUUGGUCUACUGGGUUUCACUCUCGCAUGCUGCACUAUUGCACUUGGAUUAUUUUCAAAUUGGUUCACUGGCAAUGUAUCUGGGUUUACUUGGUAUCUCAGCAUGUUUUGUGUUGGUUGGCUCACACUUGUGAUUAUGAAUCAGGUUACAACUGCAUAUUUACCUAAAACCAGGAAGCCUGCCAUUUGAUUUUUUAUACUUUUAAUUUGUUUUUAAUCAAAAGUAGAUAUUGCAGAAACAGAAACUUGUAUCAUGUGCCAUUGUUUUGUUUCAUAUUUUUAGCUUAUUUGAACUAAAUUCAAAUGAAUUUUAAUUAAUGACAUCUUCAAAUAUUCCCAACUUAUGGUUUGAACUUCGUUAUUGAUAAUUGUUGUAAUUAUAAACUCUAUAAUGUACAAAUGAUAUCAUAUGCUACCAUUCAACCAAUCGCAUAUCACAAUUAAGAGCAUGUGCAAUGGCCUAAUGUAAAUAUCAAUGUUCCCCAUUGAGUUUUGAUUCUGAAAAUAAGCAUAGACUUGUUGGAAAAUGUGAAAUGCUCAUUCGCUAUGGUGUAAAUAUUUCAUUCUAUCAUCCAAAUGGAACACAUUCUUUUCCACACAUGUUUCAGGGCUCUCCUUUCUAAAGUUUUAGUGUGAUAUUCAACAAAUUCAUGGCUAAAUUCUUUACAUAAAGAUUCUAUGAAAAAAUGAAACUGGACACAUGGGCGGUGUUUGUGAUUGAUUUGAUAAACAAAUUUUUAGUAUAUUCAUGUAUUUAAAUUUUUAUGAUGUGAAUACAAUGUGGCAAAAUGAUAAACUUUUUGUUAGAAUGUAGCCUACUUGCUUUAUGGUUUGGUUAUACAAUAAUUUUGUUAGUUCAAAAAUUGUAAAAUGAGAUAUUUCACGACUAGUGUGAAUUUUGCUCAGUCGUAGAUAACAUAACAAUUAAGUAUAAAUUGAUACAGGAAAAGCUCACAAGGGUAUUGAAAUUUUUGAUUUCAGUACCAAAUUGAAAAUAAAUUCAACUUUGUGGUAAAAUAUUCAUUACCUUUGUUUCCAAACCUUUAUUUGUUUCACUUGAAGAUUUCGAUACCUGGCUUUCAAAUGUUUGAUUUUAGGGAUAGUUUAAUAUAUUGGUAGAUGAUUUGAAUGCUGCAGUUUAAAUAUACUGGUAAAUGAAUUUGAAUACCCAUUGUUUCUGUUGAAUUUCAAUACUGAACUGACAAGAGUUUUGGAGUCGUAAAUUAUUUCACUUGUAGUCCAUUUGGUUAACUUUCAGCUGACUUUAUUGAAUACCGACCUUUGCCAUUAAAAUGAUGCAAAUAAAAGUUUAUCAAGGUUUUAUAGCAGUUGUUCUUAAACUUUCCGAGCCACGUCCCUUUUUGGAAAACUUUAAAAACUUCCCCCUAUUUGAUUUGAAAAAAAGCCAAAUGUUUUUGUGAUGGGCAGAUUGCUUUGUUUAAAGAUGGCACUGUAAGCGAGUUCUUCUCGUAGCGUAAUUGCUCGGAUCUUUCAGGCAUAAAAUGCAUCAGAGCACGACUUGUUCUUAUUCACUGUCUUAUGACGAAGCCUUACUUACGAUAAUCGUCAUCAUACAUUCUCGUUUUUUCGUUCAUUUUGCAAUAUCUGGUAAAGACAAACUGGAAUAAAACUAAACACAAUAAA